AUUGAGGCAACAUUAAAGUGAAACACGUGAACGAUCAAAGUGCACCAUGGUUAACCUCGAGAUCAAUAAGAAGCUAUUGCCGAUGAAGGCACACUACUUCCUCUUUAACGCGGGAACGGCUCCAGUAGUGCCUUUCAUGCCAACCCUGGUCCGGCAGCUAGGAUUCUCCACCGUAGUUGUCGGUACGAUCUAUACCGUCCUGCCCGUCGUGGGCAUGCUGGUGAAGCCCCUGUUCGGGAUCAUAGCCGAUCGCUUCCAGCGUCAAAAGCUGCUGUUUUUGAUCUUUCAGAUUUUAACAGCGAUUCCGUUCUUUCUCAUCAUGUUCAUCCCGGCCAUCCCGCAAGAAUCGACCGUUACAUUCCACUGCCACGAGGGUGCGUCCAAUUUCCGCUUCUGCCCGGAAAAUGGGACCUCUAUAGAUGGCUGCUUGGUGGAGAGCAUCACGUCCAACGAAAACAACGCCUCCAUGUACUGCGCACUCGAGUGCCACACCGAGCCGUGGAUGUGGGACACGGUCUGUAACUACUGGAACGUCACCCGAUACUGUGACGAGAAGAACAUUCCUGCUGAUCAACUUCUAAGACUGACCGGUGUGGUGCCCUACAACCACAUUAACGAGGUGGAAAACUGUUUAUACUUUAUCCUGCACGAGGGUCAAAUCGAUGGGCAGCGGGUGCCGCUCUAUUGUCCAUCAAACACGACCGACUUUAAGCCACUCUGUCAGGUGCACUGCAACAACGAGCAGGUGAUGGAGACGAUCUCACACUCCAAAAUCCCCGACAGCAAGGUGACAGGGCUGUAUCAGUUCUGGUUGCUGUUCCUCUUCCUCAUCAUCAGCUGGGCCGGUAUGGCCGUGGUGGUAAGCGUCGGUGAUGCCAUCUGCUUCGAGAUGCUCGGUGAUAAGCCCCAUUUGUACGGCAACCAGCGGCUGUGGGGUUCCAUUGGUUGGGGUACGGUUUCGCUAUUUGCCGGCUUUCUCGUCGACACACUGUCGGAGGGCAAGAUGACAAAAGAUUACACGAUCGUUUUCUACAUGACAAUCGUCCUGAUCGGGCUCGAUAUGCUUUGCUCCUCCAAACUGCAGCACACGCAAAACAGACUGUCAACCAACAUCCUGAAAGACGUGGGGCAAAUAUUCGCCAGCUUCCGCAUUGUGGUAUUUUUCUUCUGGUGCGUUCUCAUUGGUUUCGGUACCGCUCUCAUCUGGAACUUUCUUUUCUGGCACCUGGAAGAUUUGGCUAGUGAAAUGGAGGGUUGUGGCCAUUCGACGUGGAUUAAAACGCUGGAAGGUAUCAUCAUGUCGAUUCAAACGUUCGGCGGCGAGUUGCCAUUCUUUUUUCUAUCCGGCUGGAUACUGAAAAAGAUUGGCCAUAUUCACGCAAUGAGCCUGGUCCUGCUUGGAUUCGGUGUACGCUUUCUGCUUUAUUCCUUCCUCACCGACCCGUGGUGGGUAAUACCGAUUGAGUUUAUGAACGGCAUUACGUUUGGCCUUUUCUAUGCUACGAUGGCGUCGUACGCUAGUAUUGUGGCACCCCCAGGGACGGAGGCGACGAUGCAGGGUCUAGUAGGCGCUGUAUUUGAGGGGGUCGGAGUCUCUCUGGGCAGCUUGCUCGCUGGCAAUCUUUUCCACCGCAUCGGUGGAAGUGCUACUUUCCGUGCCUUCGGCAUCGCCGCUCUAGUGCUGUUUGUCGUCCAUGUUUCGGUACAGGCCUUAACCGAUCGAUUCGGGUCUAAGGAAACUCGCGUCGGGUACGCUGCACCGAAGGAGGCGAUGGAAAACUUGGAAGACGAUCAACCGAUCGUCCGUGGAAGCCGAAGCCUUCAGAGUUAGGAUUGGGAGGUGGGGAGUCAUGAGUUUCAAUUUUACGACGACUGUUUACACUAAUGACAAGAUCAUGAUGAUCAUGUAAUCAAAUGAAUACUUUUAUCAGUAGAAGAGAACAAACCACAAGGGUUUUGCUUUUCUGCAAUGACGCAUCGUUAAAAAAGACAAUGUUACGUACACGGUAUCAUAGAAUAAAACUUGACAACGCUUUGAUUUGAUUU